UCACUAAACUCCAACUAAUUUUGUUUUUUCAUUCCACAAAGCUGAAUUAGCAUCAUGGGAGCCAACUUUUCGACUUUUGAGUUUGUGGAAAAAUCAUCAGACUCAUCAUCGUUGAUCCUCACCUUCCAUUCCACUGCUAAAUGGAACGCACACUUUCAUGCCUCCAAAGAAACUAACAAGCUCUUGGUCAUCGACUUCACUGCUACGUGGUGUGGACCUUGCAAAACCAUGGACCCAGUAAUAAAAGAAUUUGCUGCAAAAUACACAGACGUGGAGUUCAUCAAGAUUGAUGUGGAUGAGUUGAUGGAGGUCGCACAGGCUUUCCAGGUGCAAACAAUGCCAACAUUUAUACUGAUAAAGAAAGGGAAAGUAGUGGAAAAGGUUGUGGGAGCCAAAAAGGAGGAGUUGCAGAAGCUCAUUCAGAAACGCAGGAAUUGAUUAGUGCAUGCUUGCAUCUAUCUCGUACUGCAGUAAUAAAGUACUUUGGGAUGACUUUGGAUUAUAUAUAUAUAUAUA